GAAGGGAAAAUUCUGUGCUGACGGGUUUGUCCAUACGACGAUUACGGUACACGAAACACUUCUCGCAGUUUGUCGUCGCCGAGACGAUUCGGGGUCGUUUUCGUAGUCGAAUUAGUCCUUAAAUACGGCAAUAAUUUAGAUGAAUCUUAUCGCGAAAGAUUGCUAAUUUAGUUUUCGAGUGAAACCGGUAGUGAAUACGGGUUUUCGAUUCAAAUUAGGUACGGUUUUAUCCUACACACCAAAAGAUGAAAUCGUUCGGGGUGCGGAGUAUCGUAUUGCUUCACGUAGCGCUGAUUUUGCUAGUACAGCAAGUCGCCGCGGGUAGAGAUUUCUAUAAAAUUCUGGGCAUCCGGAAGACGGCAGGCAAAAAUGAAAUCAAGAAAGCGUACAGAAAACUAGCCAAAGAACUACAUCCCGACAAGAACCAAGACGAUCCCGAAGCGUCCCAGAAGUUCCAAGAUCUCGGUGCCGCCUACGAGGUCCUUUCGGACGAAGACAAACGUAAACUGUACGACCGAUGCGGCGAGGAGUGUGUCAAGAAGGAAGGCAUGAUGGAUAAUACCGAUCCGUUCGCGCACUUCUUCGGUGAUUUCGGGUUCGGCUUCGGCGGAGGCCAGGAACAGCGGGAAACCCCACGGGGAGCCAACAUUGUGAUGGAUUUGUACGUGACGUUGGAGGAGCUGUACAACGGGAACUUUGUGGAGAUCACUCGGAAUAAACCGGUGAUGAAGCCGGCGCAGGGCACCCGGAAGUGUAACUGUCGGCAGGAAAUGGUCACGCGAAACCUGGGCCCAGGUCGGUUCCAGAUGAUGCAGCAAACGGUGUGCGACGAGUGUCCCAAUGUGAAACUGGUGAACGAGGAACGGACCAUCGAGAUCGAAAUUGAGCAAGGUAUGCAGGACGGGCAGGAAACGCGAUUCUCCGGCGAGGGAGAGCCGCACAUGGAUGGCGAUCCGGGAGAUUUGAUUCUGAAGAUCAGAACGGUGCCGCACGAGAGGUUCGAGCGACGGGGCGACGAUCUGUACACCAACGUGACGAUCAGUUUGCAGGACGCCUUGGUCGGCUUCACCAUGGAAAUCGAUCAUUUGGACGGUCACAAAGUGACCAUCACGCGGGAAACCAUCACAUCGCCAGGAUCCAGACUUCGCAAGAAUGGCGAAGGUAUGCCAAACUACGACAACAAUAACCUUCGGGGCACCAUGUACAUUACGUUCGAUGUGGCCUUCCCCAAGAAGCAGCUCAGCGACACCGAGAAAGAAGACAUCAAAAAUCUCCUGAAUCAGGCCUCCGUCAACCGGGUGUACAAUGGGCUGCGUUUUUCGUAACUCCACGCAAGAGCGCGCGCGCAUAAGUCGCAACCGACAAGACUUCAGAAGCGUUAGAAUAAAUUGACAUUAAAUGCAACAAGUUGAUCGUCCUAGUAAAAUAAAAAAAAAGCUAACACUUA